AUGUCGUCCUCCACUCUCUCCCUCAAAUCCACCCUCCCACUCCCCAACUCCAAGCACGAGAUCCCCCGCCUCGGCUUCGGCGUCUACCAAUCCCAUGACCAAACCUGCGUAAAAUCCUGCCUCACCGCACUGAAAGCAGGCUACCGCCACAUCGACACGGCACAGUACUACGCCAACGAGUCGCUGGUCGGAGACGCGGUGCGGCAAUCGGGUGUUCCACGCUCCGAGGUCUACAUCACGACGAAGAUCCUGUCGCCCGGGUCGGACGCGGAGAGCACGUACAAGAGCGUUGUGGAGAGCGUGGAGAAGAUUGACGGCGGUAAGGAUGGGUACGUGGAUCUGUUCUUGAUCCAUAGCCCGAACGGGGGGAGGGACGCAAGGAAGUUGAUGUGGCAGGCGUUGGAAAGGGCAAGGAAGGAGGGGAAGGUGAGGGAUAUUGGGGUUAGUAACUUUGGGAAGGGGCAUAUUAAGGAGUUGAAGGAGUGGGCGGAGGUGUGGCCGCCGGCUGUUAAUCAGAUUGAGCUCCAUCCGUGGUGCCAGCAGCGUACCGCUGUCUCCUACUGUGAGGAGAAGGGUAUCGUGGUGGAAGCGUACUGCCCACUCGUCCGGAACCAGAAGGCGGAUGACAAGACGCUCAAAGCGCUCGCGGAGAAGUAUCAAAAAUCAACUGGCCAGAUCCUCAUCAGGUACUGCUUGCAGAAGAACUGGGUGCCGCUGCCGAAGAGCGACACACCGAGCCGUAUUGAGGCCAAUGCGGAUGUGUAUGGUUUCGACAUCAGCAAGGAGGAUAUGGAAACGCUAGACGGGCUGGAUCAAGGAGACAAGGGGGCGAUUGUGCAGGCUGUAACGAACUAA